AGUCUAAGUCAAGGUCCAAGUCUAACAGCAUCUUUCCAAAUAGAUCCAUUUUGGCGUCGCACACACUGUCAGCAAGGAUGGCUUUUGGCCUUCAAAAUGUGGUCUUGUUGCUUCUGGCAGGACAUUACCUGCACUCUGCAUCAGCCUGUGGUUGGGGCUCUUCUAAACCUAAAACCCCUACACCGAAGCCCACUCCCCCGAAGACCACUACACUAGAGCCCACUACAGCAAUGCACACUCCACCUAAAACCACGAGACCAGGACCCACUCCACCGAAAACCACUACACCAAUGCCCACAACACCAGUGCCAACUACACCAGAGACCACUACAACAAAGCCCACUACAACAGAGCCCACUGCAACAAAGCCCACGCCACCAGAGACCACUACACCUGAAACCACUACACUGAAUACCACUACAACAAAGCCCACUACACUAGACACCACUAUACCAGAGACCACUACACCAAAGCACACUACACCAGGGACCACUGCAAGAAAGUCCACUAUACCAGAGACCGCUAAACUAGUACCCAAUACACCAAAGCCAAUUACAACAGAGCCCACUACACCAGUGCUCACUACACCAGAGACCACUACACCAAUGCCCACUCUACCUGAGAACACUAUACCAGAGCCCACUACACCAAAGCAUACUACACCAGAGACCACUGCAAGAAAGUCCACUAUACCAGAGACCACUAAACUAGUACCCAAUACACCAAAGCCAAUUACAACAGAGCCCACUAUGCCAGUGCUCACUACACCAGAGACCACUACACCAAAGCACACUACAUCAGAGACCACUGCAAGAAAGUCCACUACACCAGAGACCACUAAACUAGUGCCCAAUACACCAAAGCCCACUACACCAGAGCCCACUACACCAGUGCUCACUACACCAGAGACCACUACACCAAUGCCCACUCUACCUGAGAACACUAUACCAGAGCCCACUUUACCAGAGACCACUACACCUAUGCCCACUAUACCAGUGCUCACUACACCAGAGACCACUACAACAAAGCACACUACACCAGAGACCACUGCAAGAAAGUCCACUACACCAGAGACCACUCAACUAGUGCCCAACACACCAAAGCCAAUUACAACAGAGUCCGCUACACCAGAGCUCACAACACCAAUGCCCACUCUACCUGAGAACACUACACCAGAGCCCACUACACAAGAGCCAACUCCCCCUGAGAACACUACACCAGAGCCCACUUUACCUGAGACCACUACACCAAUGCCCACUCUACCUGAGAACACUACACCAGAGACCACAACACCAGUGUCCACUACACCAGAGCCCACAACACCAGUGCCAACUACACCAGAGAGCACUACACCAGAGCCCACUUUACCUGAGACCACUAGACCAAUGCCCACUCUACCUGAGAACACUACACCAGAGCCCACAACACCUGUGCCAACUACACCAGAGAGCACUACAACAGAGCCCACUGCAACAAAGCCCACGCCACCAGAGACCACUACACAAGAGCCAACUCCCCCUGAGAACACUACACCAGAGCCCACUUUACCUGAGACCACUACACCAAUGCCCACUCUACCUGAGAACACUACACCAGAGACCACUACACCAGUGUCCACUACACCAGAGCCCACUUUACCUGAGACCACUACACCAAUGCCCACUCUACCUGAGAACACUACACCAGAGCCCACAACACCAGUGCCAACUACACCAGAGACCACUACAACAGAGCCCACUGCAACAAAGCCCACUACACCAGAGCCCACGCCACCUGAGACCACUACACCAAUGCCCACUAUACCAGAGACCACUACACCAAAGCACACUACAUCAGAGACCACUAAACUAGUGCCCAAUACACCAAAGCCAAAUACAACAGCGCCCACUACACCAGAGCCCACUUUACCUGAGACCACUACACCAAUGCCCACUCUACCUGAGAACACUACACCAGAGACCACAACACCAGUGUCCACUACACCAGAGCCCACAACACCAGUGCCAACUACACCAGAGAGCACUACACCAGAGCCCACUUUACCUGAGACCACUAGACCAAUGCCCACUCUACCUGAGAACACUACACCAGAGCCCACAACACCUGUGCCAACUACACCAGAGAGCACUACAACAGAGCCCACUGCAACAAAGCCCACGCCACCAGAGACCACUACACAAGAGCCAACUCCCCCUGAGAACACUACACCAGAGCCCACUUUACCUGAGACCACUACACCAAUGCCCACUCUACCUGAGAACACUACACCAGAGACCACUACACCAGUGUCCACUACACCAGAGCCCACUUUACCUGAGACCACUACACCAAUGCCCACUCUACCUGAGAACACUACACCAGAGCCCACAACACCAGUGCCAACUACACCAGAGACCACUACAACAGAGCCCACUGCAACAAAGCCCACUACACCAGAGCCCACGCCACCUGAGACCACUACACCAAUGCCCACUAUACCAGAGACCACUACACCAAAGCACACUACAUCAGAGACCACUAAACUAGUGCCCAAUACACCAAAGCCAAAUACAACAGCGCCCACUACACCAGUGCUCACUACACCAGAGACCACUACACCAAUGCCCACUCUACCUGAGAACACUACACCAAAGCCCACUUUACCUGAGACCACUACACCAAAGCACACUACACCAGAGACCACUAAACUAGUUCCCAAUACACCAAAGCCAAUUACACCAAAGCACACUACACCAGAGACCACUGCAAGAAAGUCCACUACACCAGAGACCACUAAACUAGUGCCCAACACACCAAAGCCAAUUACAACAGAGCCCACUACACCAGAGCCCACUACACCAGUGCUCACUACACCAAUGCCCACUCUACCUGAGAACACUACACCAGAGCCCACAACACCAGUGCCAACUACACCAGAGCCAACUCCACCUGAGAACACUACACCAGAGCCCACUUUACCUGAGAACACUACACCAAUGCCCACUCUACCUGAGAACACUACACCAGAGACCACUACAACAGUGUCCACUACACCAGUGUCCACUACACCAGAGCCCACAACACCAGUGCCAACUACACCAGAGACCACUACACCAGAGCCCACUACACCAGAGCCCACAACACCAGUGCCAACUACACCAGAGACCACUACACCAGAGCCCACUACACUAGUGCUCACUACACCAGAGACCACUACACCAAAGCACACUACACCAGAGCCCACUACACCAGAGACCACUACACCAAAGCACACUACACCAGAGACCACUGCAAGAAAGUCCACUACACCAGAGACCACUAAACUAGUGCCCAACACACCAAAGCCAAUUACAACAGAGCCCACUACACCAGAGCCCACUACACCAGUGCUCACUACACCAAUGCCCACUCUACCUGAGAACACUACACCAGAGCCCACAACACCAGUGCCAACUACACCAGAGCCAACUCCACCUGAGAACACUACACCAGAGCCCACUUUACCUGAGACCACUACACCAAUGCCCACUCUACCUGAGAACACUACACCAGAGACCACUACAACAGUGUCCACUACACCAGAGCCCACAACACCAGUGCCAACUACACCAGAGACCACUACACCAGAGCCCACUACACCAGUGCCCCCUACACUAGAGACCACCACACCAAUGCCCACUCUACCUGGGAACACUACACCAGAGCCCACUUUACCUGAGACCACUACACCAAUGCCCACUCUACCUGAGAACACUACACCAGAGACCACUACACCAGAGACCACUACACCAGUGUCCACUACACCAGAGCCCACAACACCAGUGCCAACUACACCAGAGACCACUACACCAGAGCCCACUACACCAGUGCUCACUACACCAGAGACCACUACACCAAAGCACACUACACCAGAGCCCACUACACCAGAGACCACUACACCAAAGCACACUACACCAGAGACCACUGCAAGAAAGUCCACUACACCAGAGACCACUAAACUAGUGCCCAACACACCAAAGCCAAUUACAACAGAGCCCACUACACCAGAGCCCACUACACCAGUGCUCACUACACCAAUGCCCACUCUACCUGAGAACACUACACCAGAGCCCACAACACCAGUGCCAACUACACCAGAGCCAACUCCACCUGAGAACACUACACCAGAGCCCACUUUACCUGAGAACACUACACCAAUGCCCACUCUACCUGAGAACACUACACCAGAGACCACUACAACAGUGUCCACUACACCAGAGCCCACAACACCAGUGCCAACUACACCAGACACCACUACACCAGAGCCCACUACACCAGUGCUCACUACACCAGAGACCACUACACCAAAGCACACUACACCAGAGACCACUACACCAGUGCCCCCUACACUAGAGACCACCACACCAAUGCCCACUCUACCUGGGAACACUACACCAGAGCCCACUUUACCUGAGACCACUACACCAAUGCCCACUCUACCUGAGAACACUCCACCAGAGACCACUACACCAGUGUCCACUACACCAGAGCCCACAACACCAGUGCCAACUACACCAGAGACCACUACACCAGAGCCCACUACACCAGUGCUCACUACACCAGAGACCACUACACCAGAGACCACUACACCAGUGCCCCCUACACUAGAGACCACCACACCAAUGCCAACUCUACCUGGGAACACUACACCAGAGCCCACUUUACCUGAGACCACUACACCAAUGCCCACUAUACCAGAGACCACUACACCAAAGCACACUACACCAGAGACCACUAAACUAGUGCCCAAUACACCAAAGCCAAUUACAACAGAGCCCACUACACCAGUGCUCACUACACCAGAGACCACUACAACAGAGCCCACUGCAACAACGCCCACUACACCAGAGCCCACGCCACCAGAGACCACUACACAAGAGCCAACUCCACCUGAGAACACUACACCAGAGCCCAAUUUACCUGAGACCACUACACCAAUGCCCACUCUACCUGAGAACACUACACCAGAGACCACUACACCAGUGUCCACUACACCAGAGCCCACUACACCAGAGCCCACUACACCAGUGCUCACUACACCAGAGACCACUACACCAGUGCUCACUACACCAGAGACCACUACACUAAAGCACACUACACCAGAGACCACUACACUAGAGACCACCACACCAAUGCCCACUCUACCUGAGAACACUACACCAGAGCCCACUUUACCUGAGACCACUACACCAAAGCACACUACACCAGAGACCACUAAACUAGUGCCCAAUACACCAAAGCCAAUUACAACAGAGCCCACUACACCAGAGCCCACUACACCAGAGAUCACUACACCAAAGCACACUACACCAGAGACAAAUGCAAGAAAGUCCACUACACCAGAGACCACUAAACUAGUGCCCAACCCACCAAAGCCAAUUACAACAGAGGCCACUACACCAGAGCCCACUACACCAGUGCUCACUACACCAAUGCCCACUCUACCUGAGAACACUACACCAGUGUCCACUACACCAGAGACUCCACCUGAGAACACUACACCAGAGCCCACUUUACCUGAGACCACUACACCAAUGCCCACUCUACCUGAGAACACUACACCAGAGACCACUACACCAGUGUCCACUACACCAAAGCCCACAACACCAGUGCCAACUACACCAGAGACCACUACACCAGAGCCCACUACACCAGAGCCCACUACACCAGUGCUCACUACACCAGAGACCACUACACCAAAGCACACUACACCAGAGAUCACUGCAAGAAAGUCCACUACACCAGAGACCACUACACCAGUGCCCACUACACUAGAGACCACCACACCAAUGCCCACUCUACCUGAGAACACCACACCAGAGCCCACUUUACCUGAGACCACUACACCAGUGCUCACUACACCAGAGACCACUACACCAAAGCACACUACACCAAAGACCACUAAACUAGUGCCCAACACACCAAAGCCAAUUACAACAGAGCCCACUACACCAGUGCUCACUACACCAAUGCCCACUCUACCUGAGAACACUACACCAGUGUCCACUACACCAGAGCCCACAACACCAGUGCCAACUACACCAGAGCCCACUACACCAGAGCCCACUACACCAGUGCUCACUACACCAGAGACCACUACACCAGUGCUCACUACACCAGAGACCACUACACCAAAGCACACUACACCAGAGACCACUACACUAGAGACCACCACACCAAUGCCCACUCUACCUGAGAACACUACACCAGAGCCCACUUUACCUGAGACCACUACACCAAAGCACACUACACCAGAGACCACUAAACUAGUGCCCAAUACACCAAAGCCAAUUACAACAGAGCCCACUACACCAGAGCCCACUACACCAGAGAUCACUACACCAAAGCACACUACACCAGAGACAAAUGCAAGAAAGUCCACUACACCAGAGACCACUAAACUAGUGCCCAACCCACCAAAGCCAAUUACAACAGAGGCCACUACACCAGAGCCCACUACACCAGUGCUCACUACACCAAUGCCCACUCUACCUGAGAACACUACACCAGUGUCCACUACACCAGAGACUCCACCUGAGAACACUACACCAGAGCCCACUUUACCUGAGACCACUACACCAAUGCCCACUCUACCUGAGAACACUACACCAGAGACCACUACACCAGUGUCCACUACACCAAAGCCCACAACACCAGUGCCAACUACACCAGAGACCACUACACCAGAGCCCACUACACCAGAGCCCACUACACCAGUGCUCACUACACCAGAGACCACUACACCAAAGCACACUACACCAGAGAUCACUGCAAGAAAGUCCACUACACCAGAGACCACUACACCAGUGCCCACUACACUAGAGACCACCACACCAAUGCCCACUCUACCUGAGAACACCACACCAGAGCCCACUUUACCUGAGACCACUACACCAUUGCUCACUACACCAGAGACCACUACACCAAAGCACACUACACCAAAGACCACUAAACUAGUGCCCAACACACCAAAGCCAAUUACAACAGAGCCCACUACACCAGAGGCCACUACACCAGUGCUCACUACACCAAUGCCCACUCUACCUGAGAACACUACACCAGAGACCACUACACCAGUGUCCACUACACCAGUGCUCACUACACCAAUGCCCACUCUACCUGAGAACACUACACCAGAGACCACUACACCAGUGUCCACUACACCAGAGACCACUACAACAGAGCCCACUGCAACAAAGCCCACUAUACCAGAGCCCACGCCACCAGAGACCACUACACAAGAGCCAACUCCACCUGAGAACACUACACCAGAGCCCACUUUACCUGAGACCACUACACCAGAGACCACUACACCAGUGUCCACUACACCAGAGCCCACAAGACCAGUGCCAACUACACCAGAGACCACUACAACAGAGCUCACUGCAACAAAGCCCACUACACCAAUGCCCACUCUACCUGAGAACACUACACCAGAGACCACUACACCAGUGUCCACUACACCAGAGCCCACAACACCACAGACCACUACAACAGAGCCCACUGCAACAAAGCCCACUACACCAGAGCCCACGCCACCUGAGAACACUACACCAGAGCCCACUUUACCUGAGACCACUACACCAAUGCCCACUAUACCAGAGACCACUACACCAAAGCACACUACACCAGAGACCACUAAACUAGUGCCCAACACACCAAAGCCAAUUACAACAGAGCCCACUACACCAGAGCCCACUACACCAGUGCUCACUACACCAAUGCCCACUCUACCUGAGAACACUACACCAGAGACCACUACAGCAGAGCCCACUACACCAGAGACCACUACACCAGUGCCCACUUUACUUGAGAACACUACACCAGAGACCACUACACCAGAGCCCACUACACCAGUGCUCACUACACCAAUGCCCACUCUACCUGAGAACACUACACCAGAGACCACUACAGCAGAGCCCACUACACCAGAGACCACUACACCAAUGCCCACUCUACCUGAGACCACUACACCAAAGCACACUACACCAGUGCCAACUACACCAGAGCCCACGCCACCAGAGACCACAACACAAGAGCCAACUCCACCUGAAACCACUACACUGAACACCACUACAACAAAGCCCACUACACUAGACACCACUAUACCAGAGACCACUACACCAAAGCACACUACACCAGAGACCACUGCAAGAAAGUCCACUACACCAGAGACCACUAAACUAGUACCCAAUACACCAAAGCCAAUUACAACAAAGCCCACUACACCAGUGCUCACUACACCAGAGACCACUACACCAAAGCACACUACACCAGAGACCACUACACCAAUGCCCACUCUACCUGAGAACACUACACCAGAGACCACUUUACCUGAGACCACUACACCAAUGCCCACUCUACCUGAGAACACUACACCAGAGACCACUACACCAGUGUCCACUACACUAGAGCCCACAACACCAGUGCCAACUACACCAGAGACCACUACAACAGAGCACACUGCAACAAAGCCCACUACACCAGAGCCCACGCCACCAGAGACCACUACACAAGAGCCAACUCCACCUGAAACCACUACAUUAAAUACCACUACAACAAAGCCCACUACACUAGACACCACUAUACCAGAGACCACUACACCAAAGCACACUACACCAGACACCACUUCAAGAAAGUCCACUAUACCAGAGACCGCUAAACUAGUGCCCAAUACACCAAAGCCAAUUACAACAGAGCCCACUGCAACAGAGACCACUACACCAGUGCUCACUACACCAGAGACCACUACAACAGAGCCCACUGCAACAAAGCCCACUACACCAGAGACCACUACACAAGAGCCAACUCCACCUGAAACCACUACAUUGAAUACCACUACAACAAAGGCCACUACACUAGACACCACUAUACCAGAGACCACUUCACCAAAGCACACUACACCAGAGACCACUGCAAGAAAGUCCUCUACACCAGAGACCACUAAACCAGUGCCCAAUACACCAAAGCCAAAUACAACAGAGCCCACUACAACAGAGACCACUACACCAGAGCCCACUACACCAGUGCCCACGCCACCAGGGACCACUCCACCAGAGCCAACUCCACCUGAAACCACUACACCAAAGCCCACUACAUUAGACACCACUGCACCAGAUACCACUACACCAAAGCACACUACACCAGAGAUCACUACAAUAGAAACCACUACACCUGAGCCCGCUGCAAGAAAGUCCACUACAACAGAGACCACUAAACCAGUGCCCACUACACCAGAGCCCACUACACCAGUGCCCACAACACCAGAGACAACUACACCAGAAACCACAACACCAAAGCCCACUCCACCAGAAACAACUCCACUAACGACUACGCCAACAAAGGCCACUACACCAGAGCCCACUACUCCAGAACCCACACCACUAACGACCACUCCACCAAAGGCCACUACACCAGAACCCACUCCACAGAAGAACAUCCCAUCAGCGACCAUUACACCGGAGCCCACUACACCAAAGACCACUCCACCAAAACCCACAACACGAGACCCCAUUCCACAGAAGCCCAUCCCAUCAGCAACCACUACACCAGAGACAACUCAACCAGAACACACUCUACCAAAGACCACUACACCAAAACCAACUUCACCGGAACCUGCUCCACUAAAGACGACUCCACCAAAGCCUACCACACCAGAUACCACUAAACCAAGGACUACUCCACCAAAGCCUACCACACCAGAUACCACUACACCAAGGACAACUCCACCAGAGCGAAGCCAAGACCAGCAGAACCCCAACUCCAAGGACACGGCUGACCUGUGGAAGGGGUUCUCACCCGCUGUGGUUCACAUGGAACUCUACCGCAAGACGACUCAUCCCGAGCAGGAAGACAUCAUGGCCAGAACCUCCUCGGACUUCACGGUGUCAAAGGACGGCCUCGUGGUCACCAGCGCCCACAGGGUGGUUUGUAUGGAUCGCGUCAAGGUGGAGCUAGAGAGUGGCGACACAGAGAUCCAAGACAGGAACGAGGCGACCGACAUCGCUCUGGUCGAGAUGGACGCAGAAAACGAGCUGCCGUUUGUUCGGCUGGGCUGCUCGGUGCUCGGUUCCUGGCUGGUGGCCAUCGGCAGACUGUCCCCACUCCAGACCAAAGGGAUCAUCGGAGCUGUCAAGGGUUGGGACGCCAUCAACGCCGACAACUCAGGAGGUCCUCUUGUCAAUGAAGAGGGAGAAGUCGUCGGCGUCAACAAAGACGACAUACUUGCUCAUUUGGAAGCCGCCAUUCCUUGGGAUGGGAUCAGGGACUUCUUGGCUGAGGCCGGAGGCGGCAGCAAGUACAUCGGUGUCAGGGUGACAGGCCUCACACCAAAGUUGGUCGGCAUGCUGAAGGACACCCAUGCAGACUUCCCAGAUGACACCAUCCUCCAAGUCUUUGGCUGGACUCCUGCUGUGGUCGCUGGAUUGCAUCCCACCGAUGUCAUCAUCAGCAUCAAUGGCGAGCGCAUGGCACUGACCAACGACGUCUUCGCCGCCAUCGAGCAAGAUGACACGCUGUGUGUGGUAGUGAAGUGCAGCAACGAGGGCUCCAUUCUCCCCGCUGUGGCCAAGAAAGUUGGCGGUUGAUCCUGCCGGCACCACCACCAGCAGGUAUCCCCACGAGAGGCGAGCUGGGGCACCAUGGAACACCUGCUGAGUUUGUGGUCGUUACUAACUUCCUCUUUGUCUUCUGUUCUAACACUGAGCCCAGGUACUUGGACAUUUCUACAAUUGGAUUUGUUUUCACUAAACCAAAGGUGCCAAGGUGUUUGAACCUUAAUUUGUGACUACUUUUUACCGUAUAUAACACUAGUACACCUGCUUUGUGUACUUUUGUAUUGCCCUUGCUGACUUCUGCAAUAAACUUUUUUCCCCAAGCAUCACAAAA